AUGUCAUUCUCAAAUUUCUUUCAAUAUUCGGAUCAGACUGCGUCUUCUGCUUUGGCGCAGAAGAAGCGCCAAGCUUGUGAACGAUGUCGCAGCCAGAAGCUUAAGUGCAUUCGCAACGAGGGCAUUCCAAACCAGCCUUGCUUCCGCUGUACCGAUGCCCGGGUCGAUUGCAUCACAAAUACGCAGCGAAGGAUAGGUCGCCCUGCAAAACCUCGUGGCGAACAUCAACAAGACUCCAACAGAAGGACAGACGCGGGUAACGGAAGCCAAUAUACCUCAGCAGAAGUCCCGGACGAUGUAUCUUGGAAUAUGGAUGACUUUGGAUUUAACUCCCUCAUAUCCUUUCCACACGGAAGUACAGCUGUUGAUUAUGACUCAGCACCAUCAUUGGACACUUUCCAUUCUGAGACCAGACAGAUACCUUUCCAGCAAGCGGAGAACUAUUUUGGAAUGGUUGCAGAAGAUAGGGAAACCGGAUUAGUCUCGAGUUCCAGCGGAAACCUGGAGUCCCAAUUACUUCGACUACAGCAACAGCUCACAAAGCUAGUAAAUGAAAUGCAGACAAAACACUGGAGUAUCACGGCCUCAAUGGCGCUCAAGUACCAAAUGGAGGACUACGAUAUUAUCAAAGACGCUCAAAUGGAUGGGCCCAGCUUCAACCCGCUCGCUGCUACAUUCCAAUCAAUUUCGAUAUUUGUUCAUCUUUUGGACGAAACAGUGGUUACCAUCUUCUCUCAGCAAUCUGCAGCAGUUUCCAAUCGGUCAGGCUGGGUCAAGAGCCAAUACGUUCUCGCACGUCUUAGAUCAGUGCUCACGGAACCCGGACAUUAA